GGGGGCGCCGGCUCCGAGAAUCGCGAGCUGUGGAGGUUUGAGAGAAAGCGAGCCUGCUGCGGGCGACGCUGCGUGCUGACGGCGGGUGCGCUCGGCUGCAACGCGCAAAGUGGGGUUGGCAUGCGUUCCACGCAGGGCGGGACGAGGCGUGCCUUAAUCAGCUGCCGCCGGCGCCCACGAGGGAUUUGUUGGGAGCGGGAGCGCCGCCGGAAGCGUCUCCUCGCGCAAGCGACGUCAGGAGAGCAGCCGUGCCGCCGUCGGCACCGGCGUCGGGGGGCGUCCAGGAGCCGGGUGAGAGAGUCGAGGGGCCGCCGAGCGAGAGAGGCGCCGCCUCGUCUCUUCUCUCCACCUCCAUCCCUCUCGCUCCCUCGCACCGCAAGCAAGCCGCACCUCGGCCCCUCGGCCUCGCACACCGCCAGCGUGCUGCACCAUGCCGCCCUCGCUCCUCGCGCCUCUCGCCUCCGUGCUGCCCAGCAUGAGUCUCGGCGGCGCAGGCAGCAGCAGCAGCAGCAGCAGCAGCAGCAGCAGCGCCGCUCCGCCCUCCACGCCUCGAGGCGCCGGCAAGGCGGCUCUGGCCGGCGCGGCCGAGCUCGGCGCAGACGACGAUCUGGCCGCUCGCCUGCCCGUCUCGGGCAUCGACUGGGCCGACGAGCCCUCUCGCCCCAAGAGCGCUCCUCGCAGCAGCAGCAGCAGCAGCAGCAGCUCGCGCAGUGCUGCUCGCGCCAACGGCACCUCUCAGCCAGCGCUGCAUUUCCCCUCUACGCCGAUCGCCUCUACCUCCUCCGCCACUGCCUUUGCCUCGGGCAGCAGCAGCGUAGAGCGCAGCCACAGCGGGAGCAGCACUCCGACGCUCUCCGCACAGCGUCUUCGAGCAUCCAGUGCCGCCCUCUCCGAUCUCUCCUCUGCACUCAAGGCGCAGAAAGUCGCCGCGGCAAAUGCAGAACGCAGGCGCAGCGUGGCCGCAGCUGCCGCCGCGCCCUCGACGCCCAGCACGCCCUCUGCUGCUGCGGCGACGCCGGCAAGUCAAGGGGCAGCAGUAGAGUCGAAACGGACACGCUUCCUCUCUCUCCCUUCCAAGCGGCCCUCGCUGCCUUGGCUCAACAGCUACACGUCGACGGUGCGGCGCGCGCUGCCCAGACUGCCGACGUCGGGCGUCGACAUUGGCGAGGCCUUGGGCGUCGAGGAGCCUUUGCAUCGCCCUGCCGAGGGCGCCGACGAGCGAGCCACGUCGCCGCCGCCGAGCUAUGAGCAUGCUCGCAAAGCGCCGCCGCCGCCUCAGCAGCCGCAUGGUCUCGCUUCGCCUCUCAUGCUGCCGGCGUCUCGAAGCAGCAACGACGUCAACGUAGGCAUGCUAGAUUCUGCCUCUUCUUCCCUCGGCGCUGCCUCCAGUGUCGCAUCAGCAGCGCCGGCGGCAUCCGCGGAGACAGCAUCCGACGCGGAGGCAGAGGCGACGACAGAAGAGCAGGAAGAAGAGGAGGAGGAGCAAGAUGCCGAAUACCUCGUCGAUCUCUACGUCACGUCCCUCACCCAUCUCCUCUCCGCUCUUCCAUCGGAUCUCGCAAAGUCGCUUCCGCCGCGACAGCGCGAGGCGUUGCUUGCGGCACUGCGAGAGGCAGAGAGGAAAGUGCAGCCGACGGAGACGGCGGUGGUGCGUCGAUCGGACGUCAUGGAUGCGCAGCCAGCGGCACGCGGAGCGACUCGGCAUGAGCAUGUACAUGCUCAUCAUGUGUACCACCACAACCCUCCUCUUGCGGCCGCCUCGCCGUCGCAGCUCAAGGAACUGCCUGCACCGCCGUCUCCUUCUCUCGAAGUCGCAUCGACGGCCACAGCAGCGCCUGCUACGGCGUCUGCCGCCGCGCGCGUCACGUCUGCACUGGCCAUGCCGGCGUUCGAGCUGCUCCUCUCCAUCACUGCAGCUUCCAUUUCACUCGCUUCUCGAGGCGCCGCCAAUCUCGUCGACGUCUCCACUUCCUCUUCGACGGCCGUUGCACGCAGGAAGCCAUGCGCCUGCGACUCGCACUCUUCUUCUUCGGCGCCGACUUCCCCUCGCACAGCUACGGACAGGCAGCUGGCGCUGCUGGAGAGCGACUCGAAAGCAGCGACGAUCGCGGCAGAGGAGGAGAAGAAGAUCAAAGGCAAAGGCCUGCCUUCGGAGUGGGAGGGUCCGCUCGCCCUGGCACGCGCGGCGGCGGGCAUGAUGUAUGCGCAGAUGGCCUCUGCCUCGACUCAGACUGCGGGCGGCGGCGGCGGCAAGGUCGAGAGCAAGAAGCAGGCAUCCUCCUCGACGUCGAGCAAGACGGCAAGUCGCAAAGCCACCAGCCUGCCGACGAGUCCUCGACUUGGUCUGUCCUCUCUUGCAGAAGAAGAAACGGCCCUGGUGCGCGCAGCCGACCUGCCCGCAGCAAGCGAAGGCUCGCUUCCCUCGCUCGCUCGCGCACUCAAGCGUUCCCCACUCCCCGCGGCGCUCUCCUCCUCCCUCUCGCUCCUCUCCGCCUCGGCCGAACGGCUCGGCGUACGUGAGCGCGCCGCAGAUGUGGCGAUCAAGGGCGCAUCAAGCGGACUGCGCUAUGUGCGCGAGCAUGAGCUGCAUCUGUAUGCGAUGCGCUCGAUCUGGGAGGGCAUGGAGGAGUGUGUCAAGGCGCUGGAGGCGUAUAGGGAGGAAGAGGGCUGGGCGGGCGGCAGGAAGCGGCUGGAGGCUUGAGGCGUGCGCCCCCCUUCCUCUUCUUCUGUCGAAUCGGCCAGACAUAGAGCAUCGACUGCAUAGCUACUCGCAAGCAGAGCAUCGUCAUCGAUAAUUAGAUACCCUAGAGCCUC